AUGACUGAUGCAACAGAAAUAGAUAUUAAUGAUGCCUUGUUUGGGGACAGAGUUCACCUUUUCCAAGAAUUCUUAGAUUCCAGCUCGACGAAUCAAACCACAGACACCGAUUACAGAGAGGCUAUCAGAUCUAUGCUCCAGAAAGGCUCCAAAAGAUUGAUUGUUUCUCUCGAUGAUAUUAGAAACUGGAACAGGGAAUAUUGGAAUGGUCUACUCAAUGAACCUGCCGAUUUCUUACCUGCAUUUGAAAAAGCGUUGACCGAUACCGUCAAUGCUGUGUUUGAUCCUUCCUCAAUGCCAAAUAUUGAUUUUGAUGACAGAACUCGUUUCUUCCUUGGAUUCAAGGGUGCCUUUGGCUCACAUCAAUUGAGUCCAAAAACCAUCAAAUCAAGCUUUUUGUCUAAAUUGGUAUCUAUUGAAGGUAUUGUCACUAAAACCUCCCUUGUUAGACCAAAGUUGGUGAGGUCAGUGCAUUUCAGCGAAGCUAAGGGCCAAUUUUACUACAGAGAGUACAGUGAUCAAACUACUUCUUUCAACCCCAUCACCUCCGCUGCAGUUUAUCCAACUGAGGAUCCUGAUGGAAAUAAGAUUGUCACCGAAUACGGUUAUUCCACUUACAAAGAUCACCAAAAAGUUUCCAUACAAGAAAUGCCAGAAAAAGCUGACCCAGGUCAGUUACCAAGAUCUAUUGAAAUCAUCUUGGAUGACGAUUUGGUAGACAGUGUCAAACCUGGUGACAGAGUUCAAGUCGUUGGGGUUUACAGAACUUUGGGAAGUGGUGGUAACAAUGCCAACUCGUUUAGAACCGUUGUGUUGGCAAACUCGGUUUACCCAAUCCGUACAAUUUCGACUAACACCGUGACUUUGCAGACUAUUACCGACGUAGACUUUAGAAACUUCACUUCGGUGAAAAAGAAGGGAAAACUUCUUGAAAAAAUGUCCCAAUCUUUGGCCCCAAGUAUUUAUGGUCAUGACAUGAUUAAGCAAGCAGUUUUGUUGAUGCUUUUGGGAGGGGUUGAAAAGAAUUUAGAUAAUGGUACUCACUUGAGGGGUGAUAUUAAUAUUUUGAUGGUUGGUGAUCCUUCCACUGCUAAGUCUCAAAUUUUGAGAUUUGUCUUAAAUACUGCUUCAUUGGCCAUUGCUACUACCGGUAGAGGUUCUUCGGGUGUUGGUUUGACUGCUGCUGUGUCCACUGAUAGAGAAACUGGAGAAAGAAAGUUAGAAGCCGGUGCCAUGGUUUUGGCCGACAGAGGUGUGGUGUGUAUUGAUGAAUUUGAUAAGAUGUCUGAUGUCGAUAGAGUUGCUAUUCACGAAGUUAUGGAACAACAAACCGUUACUAUCGCCAAAGCUGGUAUCCACACCUCUUUGAAUGCCAGAUGCUCGGUUAUCGCUGCUGCUAACCCAGUUUUCGGUCAAUAUGACGUUCAUAAAGAUCCUCAUCAAAACAUUGCCUUGCCAGAUUCGUUGUUAUCCCGUUUUGACUUGUUAUUUGUCGUGACUGAUGAUAUCACCGAUACCAGAGAUAGAAAGAUCUCUGAGCAUGUAUUGAAAAUCCACAGAUACUUGCCAAAGGGAUAUGCGGAAGGCGAACCUAUUAGACAAUUCCAGAAUCUCUCGUUAAACACAGGCGAUGAUCCAGAUCAAGUUCAAGAUCCAGAGAAUCAAACUACAGAUGUGUAUGAAAAGUUCAAUCCAUUAUUACAUGGUGGUGCUCUUGAAUAUUUCCAAUCAAAGUCUACAAGAACCAUCAAGGAACUCAAACUUUUCUCUUUACCAUUUAUUAGAAAAUACGUACAAUACGCCAAGGAUAAGAAACCAAUUUUGAGUGAGAAAGCCGCCAACCAUAUUGUCAAAGUAUAUGCUGGUUUGAGAAAUGAUGCUGCUAAAAACAAUGCCAAAAAUACUGCACCAAUCACUGCCAGAACUUUGGAAACUUUGAUUCGUUUGGCCACGGCACACGCUAAGUUACGUUUGAGUUCUUCAGUCACCAUAGUUGAUGCUGAAGAAGCUGAAAGAAUUCUCAGAUUUGCAUUGUUCAAAGAAGUUAUCAAGCAAAAGAAACACAAGAAAAGAAAGGUUGCCAAAACAAGGGCAACAGAAGAUGAUUCUGAUAUUGAAUCAGUGGAUGAUGAAGAAGACGAAAUGGAAUUCGAAGAUGAGGAUGAAGAUAUGGAUGAAGUUCAGGAACAUAUUUCAAAGGAUAGCGAAGAACCACCAAGAUCAUCAACCCGCCAAAGACAAGAACCAAGUCCCGAAACUGAAUGGGAAAUGGUUAAUAAUCCAGAAUCGACUAGUAACUUGCCAUUGCAUGAAGCUGCUGAAAACCAAUCUGCUCCUGUCGUUGAUGCUGCCGCUACUGAAAUUUCUGCUUCCAGAUUGAGCAAGUUCUCCAAGAUCAUGGCGCAAUUGGCCAAAAGUGAAAUAUUCGAUGAUGAUUCCUGUGCUACCGAAUUACUUAUUCAAAAAGUGAAUGAGGACUUGCCAACUGAAGAGAAAUAUAGCGAAGAUGAAUUUGAGCAAGCGUUGAACAAAAUGAGUGACAAGAACCAAUUGAUGAUCGCUGAAGGCAAGGUAUGGAUUGUUUAA